AAAAUCCAGGUGCGUGAGUUCCGUGUAAUUCCCCGCGAAACCACUAUAAGUAAAGGGAUAGUGUGGAUCGUGGAGUCUAAAUGCUUGAGAGUGGGGAAAACUGUUUUGAAGUCGGAAGUUGGAAACUAACCAUGGAGGAAGCGUCACGACCAAAAGAGAAAACAAUGGAGGAAGCGAAGGGAUUCGUGAGGCGUGUGUUGCUAUUCAAGUUCAAAGCCGAAACAGCCCCUGACCACAUCGAGCAGCUCAUCAAGGAUCACUCCAAUCUCGUCAACCUCGUCGAAUCCUUAAAAUCUUGGCACAUGGGAAAGGAUGUGAGCGUCAAGUACUCAAAUGAGGGCUUCACGCACGUCAUCGAGCUAACAUUUGAAAGCACCGAGGGAAUAGCAGCGUACAUGGGUCAUCCUGCUCACCUCGAAAUGCACGAGCGCAUCUGGCCUCAUUUGGAGAAGAUAGUCGUGAUCGACUACAAACCAACUCUCUGUAACUGAAUCGA